UUGUUAGUCCUUGCUGUUCGGCUUCGUUGCUUCAAAGGCGAGCGCCGAAAGGUGGCUGAAGGGGAGCAGGAGUGUUCGCGUGUUGUUCGACUUCGUCGCUUCUUCGGCUCCUUCGUUGUUGUUCGAAUUCGCUCCUUCAACGACGUUCCCUUCCUGUAGGAUCGGACGUUACAACAUUUUGAUCUGAAGCAACCACGGAAGCUCGCUCGCUCGCUGUGAAGUUCACAGGAAUUUAAGACUGAGGUUUCUUACUGGUUAAUUCUCCCUCCCUCCUUCAAAUAAGUUCAGUUGCUGAGAAGUUUUUUGAGAAUGGGUUUGACUGGCUUGAGACGCAGCACUCAUAAAGAUGACCUAUCAAAAAGCUCCAAACGCAAAAUUGAGAAGAAACUUAACUUUAUAACAAAGAUUACUGAAGCGGUUAGAUCCUUAGCUGCUAAGAAGGCAAUCAGCAAGAAGAAAAGAUUAAGAAGCCGGCAAAAAAAAAUCAAGGCUUAUGACUUAAGUGUGCUCUCAGACUUUCUUCCCAAUGAAUCUCUCAAAAAACCAUCUAGAUCCACCGACUUCAAAGUAAACUGCAAGAAUAGGCAAAAGCUGGUUCUAAAGGAGAGCGAACUAUUGAGAUUUGUUCACAGUCAUCCAGCUUUCCAAGCUGAUCCCAUCUCAGCAAUUCAACAACACUUGGAGCAAACACAGCCACCACCACCUGUUGAAGCGAGGAGAUCCAACAAGAGCAAAAAAGAGAAGAGGAAGAGAUCAAAGAAGUCUGCAAGCGUGCAGAAUAUGGAAAUGUAGACAAGCUAGCUGAUAAUAUGUUGCUGCCUGCAGUGCCUAUUCAGGUUUUAAUGAAUUUCCUUUCAUCUUUGAACUUACGCUUCAUUUUGGAUGACUUUUUUUUACAGUUUUUUAAAAGCCGUUUUAAAAAGUAGGAAAAAAGCUAUCUCAAACAAAAUCUUAAUGGAAUUCCUAUUAAGUAGAAAUUUGUUUAUUGUUCAAAUAAAUCUCAUGCAAGUCUUAUUGUUAAGUUGAUUUAUGU